AGCACCUGGGGAUGACUGGUGAGGCUGUGCCCAGCCCCGGCUGCUGGAUUUUGAAGUUCCCUUGGGUGACAGAUGUGAUGGUGGGAUGCAUCAAGCCUACCUAACUGCUCUCCUGCUCUUUGACAGAUUCGGCCUCUAAACAGCCUCGAGGAUGAAGGCCAGCGGGGUCCUGGUCCUGAUUGGCUGCCUGGCCACAGUCCCAGAGUCCCACAUCUACAUCCACUGUAAACUGGCAAAAAUAUUCUUGAGGGCUGGCCUGGAUAAUUAUGAAGGCUUUGUCCUUGGCAACUGGCUCUGCAUGGCCUACUAUGAGAGCCACUACAACACCAUGGCCCAGAUGACCCUGGACGAAUGAGAGAGCGCCGACUAUGGCAUCUUCCAGAUAAACAGUUUCACAUGGUGCAGAGACCAGAAGUUCCAAGACAAGAACUGCUGCCAUGUUGCCUGCUCAGCGCUGCUCACAGAUGACCUCACAGAUGCAAUUAUCUGUGCCAAGAAAAUUGUUAGGGAGACAAAAAGGAUGAACUAUUGGCAAGGCUGGAAGAAACAUUGUGAGGGCAAAGCCCUGUCUGAGUGGAAAAAAGGAUGUGAGGUUUCAUGA